AUGUUCCGCAGGACUUUGAGCGCGGCGCCUCGCGCUGGCGUGCGACUCGCCUCGACAUCCUCUACAUCGUCGUCGGCCGGUCAACGACGAACCCUAACGAAUCGUUCCGUGCUUGUAGCUGUUGCACUCGCCGGUGGUGCUGUCGCUACCUACUCCCUCACCAAGCCGAGCCUGUACGCCGAGGCUCCCGAUACCGUGCCCGGCGAUACUCGUCCGCAUCCUCUGUGGUCGCCACCUACGCGCGCUCAGAUGCUCGAGGCUCUCAAGCAGUCUUCAGCAAAAAGUCUCCGACCCAUCGCUUCGAAAGGCAGGUCAGACAACUCGAGCUUGUUACCUCUUGCCAAAGAUGCCACUUCUAGCAGCCCUAGCCCGGCUGCCUCGGAGCAAUUGGGCGGUACCGCCGCCUCUCGCAGCGGCGAUGAAGACGGCGAGGGCUUCGACAUUCUCGUUGUCGGUGGUGGUGCCACAGGCGCCGGUGUCGCUGUCGAUGCCGCCACUCGUGGUCUCAGCGUAGCCAUGGUCGAACGUGACGACUUUGGUGCCGGUACUUCCUCCAAGUCGACCAAACUUGUCCACGGCGGUGUUCGUUACCUCCAGAAAGCCGUCUUUGAGCUCGACUACGAACAGUACAAGAUGGUGCGAGAAGCGCUGCACGAGCGCAAGACGUUCCUCAAGAUCGCUCCGUACCUCUCUGACCACCUUCCCAUCAUGCUUCCCGUCUACAAGUACUGGCAAAUCCCCUACUACUGGGCUGGUACCAAGAUGUACGACAUUCUUGCCGGCUCUGAAAACAUGGAAAGCUCCUACGUGCUCGGCAAGGGCAAAGCGCUCGAGGCGUUCCCCAUGCUCAAGUCGGCCGGUCUCGCCGGUGCCGUCGUCUACUACGAUGGUCAGCACAACGACACUCGCAUGAACGUUGCUCUCGCCAUGACCGCCGUGCAUCACGGUGCCGUUGUCGCCAACCACACCGAGGUGGUGGCUAUCCACAAGAAGCCUGCUGCUGGCAAGCCCGACCAGAUCUGCGGUGCUCGUGUCCGCGAUGUGCUCACUGGUGACGAAUGGGACGUCAAGUGCAAGUGUCUCAUCAACGCCACAGGUCCCUUUUCCGACACGCUGCGUAAGCUCGACGCACCCACCUCUCAAGAAAUUGUUGCUGCUUCUUCCGGAGUCCACAUCACGCUUCCCGGCUACUUUUCGCCACGCGACAUGGGUCUGAUCGACCCACAGACCUCGGAUGGCCGAGUCAUCUUUUUCCUGCCAUGGCAGGGAAACACCAUCGCCGGUACCACCGAUACCGCUGCUCCAGUGGAGGCGCAUCCUCGCCCCAAGGAGGAAGAGAUCCAGUGGAUUCUGGACGAAGUGCGCAACUACCUCAGCCCCGAUAUCAAGGUGCGACGAGGCGACGUGCUUAGCGCCUGGUCGGGUCUGCGACCCUUGGUCAAGGAUCCUGCUGCUACCGAUACGCAGUCGCUUGUUCGAAACCACAUGAUCAACGUCUCCGAGUCGGGCUUGCUGACCAUCGCCGGUGGCAAGUGGACCACGUACCGCGAGAUGGCCGAACAGACCGUGGACCGCGCUAUCGCAGAUUUCAAGCUCAAGCCUCAGCGUGGCUGUGUGACCAAGAACACGCGCUUGCUCGGAAGCCACGGCUGGACAAAGACCAUGUACGUCAAGCUUUUGCAGCGCUUCGGUCUCGAGACCGACGUUGCGCGUCACUUGUCCAACACGUACGGUGACCGUGCCUGGAGCGUGUGUUCGAUUGCCGAGCCUACCGGCCAGAGAUGGCCGGUGCACGGCAAGCGUAUUGACCAACUCUACCCUUACAUUGAGGCUGAGAUCCGAUACGCAUGUCGCAGCGAGUAUGCUGCUACGGCGCAGGACUUUAUCGCUCGUCGAACGCGUUUGUCCUUCCUCAACGCCGAGGCAACCGUGGAUGCGCUGCCGCGCGUGAUUGACGUGAUGGCCGAGGAGCUGGGCUGGGACGAACAGCGAAAGAAGCACGAGUGGGCCGAGGGAGUCGAGUUCAUGGCCAGCAUGGGUCUUCAGCCGGCUCGUGUGCAACAACUCAAGGAGACGUCACUGGACCAGAUGCGCAAGCAGCGUCAGAGCCAGCAACAGGCGUUCAAGGUAUCUUCGCUCGGCGCCGCCUCGCUAGAUGACAAGGAUGCUUUGGCCAUCAGCGGCUGCGCUUCUUUCAAUUCGGAAGAGAUGGACGAGCUGCGUGCCAAAUUCAAGCUGCUCGACGUCAACCGCGACGGCAAGCUCGACUCAAAGGAUCUCAAACAGGUGCUGCAGCGCAUCGGAUACUCGGACGUCGACGACUCGACGCUGCGCGGUAUCGUCAAUGAGGUGGAUUUCACCAAGACUGGUGCACUCCACUUUGAAGACUUUUUGGACGUCUUUGCGGCGCUGAAAGAUGCGCGUUUGGAAAAUGCCUUUACUCACAUCUUGAGCGAGAUGGACUCACAAGGCUUGCAGCCUCCCUCGCACGACCCUGUUGGACCUGCGGCCAAGGAGCAGAGCCAGAGACGCGAUGCUAGCCGCACCAUUCCUGUUGAGAAGAGUGGUGGCGGGUGGUAA